AUGCGGCUGCUAAUAGGUUUAUUUUCCGUUUGCUUUUUAUCUCCUCUUGAAUCUCAACACCCACCAGGGCAUUUACAACCUUUAGGGUCUCAUCAGCCGCCAUCAGGAUCAAUAGAAAGUUCAGAGGUUGUUCCAGGGCCUCAAGAAUUCUUUGAGGAAAAUGUUCGUCCUGGAAAACCCUUACUUUUAAGAAGAGCGGCAAAGAGCAUGCCUGCUUAUUCAAAAUGGACUGAUGGUUAUUUGAGGUGAGACAAGUAGCUGUCUUGCUUGUUUUUUUGAAAGAUGUUUUUCUUUCGACGCGAGUGUUGUUCUUUAUUUUUUAAAAUCACUUAAAUUAUAUAUAGCGGCGUUUUAAGUCUACCGGCCAGAAUAAUAGUUAUAAAGCUUUUAUUGUUUUUGUUUUGCUAUGGCUAGGUUUCCUAUGAUCGUCUACGGGUCUCCUGGUAGCUUUAAUUUUGAAACUCUUAUAUUUAGUGUAUCUUAAUUAAUUCAAAAGUUUGAUACUGAUAACUGUGGUGAUCGAGUAAAAUUGGUUUCUUUGAAGACAAUAUGGGAGAUUUUAUUUCCUGUGUUUUUAUAUUAAACUUGCAAGAGCAAUUCAUUUUGGUGGAUUUAAUACAGAAACAAAUAUUGGUGACUAACAGGUACAAAAAAAAUUAAAAUAAGCUUAAUGAUAAGAAGAAAAAGAAAAAAAAAUUCAAAAGUUGGGCAAAUUUUUGUUAAUUAAUAUGCAUAUGGCUUUGGCUUAGCAUGUCAUAUGGCAUCUGUAUCUGCACCUGUGGGCAGCUAUUAUAUCAGAUCCCCACAUGUAAUGCUGGUCUUGAAAAAAGAGUGAAAUUCAAGAGUUUACCACAUACAAUUAUUCUUACUGUACUGCACCAAAAAUUUCAGGAGGCAUCAACGAGCCAAAUGUUUGACCCUAUUAAUAUUCAGACAAUCUGUAAAAAGAUUGUAAUACUUUAAGAUUACAAACUGUCAGCCCUCUUGUUGGAUCAGAAUGAUUCAUGCUGAUGUAUGAUUGCUGGUGACAGGUGCAUGAUAUUAGAUUGAUAAUUAGCUUUUCUAUCUUUCUCUGUACUGCAAAUUUUCUUUUAAAUAGACCUUGUCACGGUUUCCGAUGCCAUCUUGACGAGUAGGCAAAUGCAUGAGAAUUACAGUGUUUGUAUGAGAAUCUAAUGUCAAAUAAUUUCCGUAGAUUGGCUGUUCUGAAAAAAAUAUGAAUUGUAAACUAAAGGUUCACUCCUAAGGAUUCUACUGAAAAAAAUUGAGCGUGUUACAUGCGCUAGAAGACCUAGAACCUCUUUUUUAAAUUUUCUAUACAUUUGUCUGUAAGAAAUUCCCAGGAAAAAUUACAGACAAAUAUAUGGAAAAUCUAAAGCAAGCCUCUGGAAAAUUUAAACACAGGUAUGCCUCCAAAAUGUUUAAGGACAAUCCUUCGCUUUGUAGCUUUAGUUUGCAAUUGAUAUUUUUUGCAGAAAAGCCGUUUUACGGAAAUUAUUCGACAUUAGAUUCUCAUAUAAACUCUGUAGUUUCUCACAUGUUUGCCUACUCGUCAAGAUGACGNCACCAAAAAUUUCAGGAGGCAUCAACGAGCCAAAUGUUUGACCCUAUUAAUAUUCAGACAAUCUGUAAAAAGAUUGUAAUACUUUAAGAUUACAAACUGUCAGCCCUCUUGUUGGAUCAGAAUGAUUCAUGCUGAUGUAUGAUUGCUGGUGACAGGUGCAUGAUAUUAGAUUGAUAAUUAGCUUUUCUAUCUUUCUCUGUACUGCAAAUUUUCUUUUAAAUAGACCUUGUCACGGUUUCCGAUGCCAUCUUGACGAGUAGGCAAAUGCAUGAGAAUUACAGUGUUUGUAUGAGAAUCUAAUGUCAAAUAAUUUCCGUAGAUUGGCUGUUCUGAAAAAAAUAUGAAUUGUAAACUAAAGGUUCACUCCUAAGGAUUCUACUGAAAAAAAUUGAGCGUGUUACAUGCGCUAGAAGACCUAGAACCUCUUUUUUAAAUUUUCUAUACAUUUGUCUGUAAGAAAUUCCCAGGAAAAAUUACAGACAAAUAUAUGGAAAAUCUAAAGCAAGCCUCUGGAAAAUUUAAACACAGGUAUGCCUCCAAAAUGUUUAAGGACAAUCCUUCGCUUUGUAGCUUUAGUUUGCAAUUGAUAUUUUUUGCAGAAAAGCCGUUUUACGGAAAUUAUUCGACAUUAGAUUCUCAUAUAAACUCUGUAGUUUCUCACAUGUUUGCCUACUCGUCAAGAUGACGUCAAAAACCGUGACAAGGUCUAUUAUGUGGCUGGGUUAAAUGAAGCAAGAGUUUCAUGUUAUACAAUGUAUUCCCUCAUUGGUCAGAUUGCUGAUGUAUUGUGUUCAGUAGGUUUUGUAAAUGAAAGGGAAAUUGUUUUUAUAUCAGACUGUUAUAAUCUUUCUUUAUGUAAAAACGUAUCGUUUGUGUUGUCAAAAACAUGCCUUAAGUGUUCAACAAAAAUCAUGGCAUUCAAAAAAAAACUAUGGUAAAAAUCUGACUUGAAAUUUAGAAUACAAAAAUAAAUUAUUCUAGUAUCUAUGUUUUAGAAUAAUAAAAAUAUUGAAAUAUUGCCAAUGGGCUUCACAAUGUUGAUGAUUAAAACUGCAGAUACUCCAUAUGCUAAAUGUCUAAAGAGUCUUUAAUUACGUUGCUGUUGCUUGGUGACACUUUAAUCCUCAUCCCAGUGGUAUCUGUUUAAUCAGUGGAAAUCAUCAGUUCAGGUCUAUAAAUAUGCAGCAUUGUAAUUCCAGCUAGCCUGCAAUGCAGACCUACUGUAGUUUAACCUCGGUUAGUAGCGUCUGCUUAGCAGUGUAGAGAUCGUCGUUCUGUUUCCCCAAUGGACUGAACAAAAUACUGGAUGAGGUGUGUUAUUUUCAAAUUUCCUUUCAUCCUGAUUAGCAGAUUGACAAUGGCUUUCUUAACGGGGGAAUCAGUGUAAACAGGUGGGGGCCCGAACAAGAUUUCAGCACUGUUUUGUAGAAGGACUUAACCAGGUUUAGUUUCAUCUGUGAAUGAGGUUAUCCAAUAUUUUUUCACUACACCCCCUUUGAGGGGGUAUAGUGAUUAUAUUUUGAGAUGCAAAUUUUCUCCAAAAGCUCCCUAGGAGAAUUUCUUGCUGUAGAAUUAAGGGUGUUGUUUGAAUGGGGAUUAUUUAUUUGCCUCUGGUAAAAUGCUAUUGUAUUGUCUUUAAACAUGUAUUUAUCCUGCUGCAGUACUGUUUGAGUUGCGUGACUAAAUUAUUUAUUGAUAUGGUUGUGGUUUGAGUGUUAAAAUUAGUUGGAAUUGGAAGAGGCAACCCUUUCAUUCAAGAACUCUUUCCAAUGCAAUUUCAGUCCCUUGCUAUUCAGACACAAGAUCAGGUUACUCGCUUUGUGUUUUUCUUUGUCAGUAUAAUUUUUUUGGUAAGCAAAAAUAACAUUAAAAGAUGGAAUAUUCUUUUUCUCUUGUUAGUGAGAGAUUUGGUGAAGUGGGCAUUGAUGUUGAAGAAGGGAAAAAAGAAAACAGAUCCUUAGCCACAUUUCAUUUCAAGCUUCAAGAUUUUAUCUCCCGCUAUAAGAAUGAAGACAUCUACAUGGUAGAGUCUCUUCCACUCAAAAUGAGAGGUAUUAUUAAUACAAACGUGUUCAAUAAUCCAGCUGUUAGUUUUCACCCAUCCUCUUUAUUAAAUUCCAGUUUAGUUUCCUUCCUUUUUUAAAAAAUAAAAACACUCCCCACAGUUGGGAGAGGUGGGGAAUCACAGUCACAGAUGCAACUUUGUGUCAAUAACUAAGAUGAACUGCUUUGAUCAUUUUAUUCCUCACCCCACAGUUCCUAUAAUGAUUUUUAUAUAUUCAUUGUUACAUGUUCAUCCUUACAAGGGUUUAUAAUUACGAACUGACUCAAUGACCAGCUCCCAGAUGGUUUGUUAGCUGAAUAAUAGUAGAGUGCUGCAACAGUAUUGCUGAGGUUAAGGGUUUGAAUCUCGUUUUGGAGAAGUUGCAUCUACAACUGCAGUGAUCUUAAUUUAUUUAAUUCUCCACCCCGCAGUCCCAGAGUAUAUAUGUUUUUUAAAUUUGAUAAACAUUAUUGUGCAUCAUCAUGACCAGUGACUAAAAACCUCCCAAAAAAAUAAAUAUUAAAUAAAUAAUAAUAAUAAUAAUAUUAAUAAUGGUUUAAUAUCAGUACUAAUAACAGUAGUAAUAACGGUUUAAUAUCAGUACAUCCAUGGUAUGGCUCUUCGCCUGAUAUAAGAUUAAAAUAAGGAAAUUAAAAGGAAAAAAUACAUAAAUCUGAAUUAUGAAUUUGUAAAAAAGCUAGGUAAUAAAAAGUAAAAAUAAUUAUACAAUAUAUAUGUUGUGGUUCAAUUUUAUUCUUGGUUUAAAUUUAUUUCCCUUUGUUUCAAACUCAUUAUCAUACAUUACCAUACCUCAAAACAAAGGAAAGUAAAAUUUAAACCAAGGAUAAAAUUGAACCACAACAUAUACAUUAUUAAUUAAAACUAUGCAAGAAAUUAUUGCGCCCUAUUCCGGCAGCGCUCCCUUAAAAUACCUAAUGUUUGCUUACUGAAGGAUUUAAAAUAAUUAUUAUUUAACAUUGGAUGGCAGAGAAUUGAAGAGGGCUGCCGCGCUAUACUGAAACAUGUCCAAGGAAUAGGGAAUAACUAAAUUUAUGGUACUUGAUGACCGUAAAUUUCUGGCAUGUCUUACUUGCUCAAGCUGAAGGUUUCUAGUCCAAUCAUGAGAGUAUAUAGCUUUGUGCGUGGCCUUUAGAAUGUGCCAUUCUCUACAUUCUUUCAUAGGCAACCAGCCUAACUUAAGGAUAGAGUCAAUAUUGUUCACAUAGCAUCCAAAAACAAAACUGGCUAGCACACACUGGAUGCGCUGUAACCUUUUUAAAAGGCAAUCAGUAAUUGGAUAGAAUAUUAUAUCAUUAAAGUCUAGGCGAGAUAGAACCAGACAUUUCUCUUAAUCCAGCUUAACAAUAUUUUACUUUUUAGAGGAGUACGCCUUAUUGAAGAGCUUAAGAUGUGGUGGGUAUACUGAAGUCCUGCAGGAUGCGGUUGUCUGGUUUAGCAGUGGAGGCACCAAGUCUGUUCUUCACUUUGAUUCAGUAGAUAACAUAAACUGUCUGUUUGAUGGAACGAAGGAGUUACUUAUGAUCAACAAGGUGACAACUGUUCAGUUAAUUUUGGCAUUUAUUAGAGACACACUUCAGCUUAGACACUUUUCUCACUGAGGAACAUUUUCUCUAUAAAAUGAUGAUGACCAACCAUUUUAAAGAACCAGCUUAUCACAUAGUAAUGUUAGACAGUGUAAAGGCUUCAAACCUAAACUGAUAUAUGUUUGUUAAGCCUAUCAAAUGGAAGUGCAGAUUUACAGUGGGCCUAUGAUAAUUUAAUUGCUACUUCCAUGACAACAAUUAAGUAAGGCGAUACCUCAGUGUUUCUAGUAGUCAUCUACUGCUAAUGAUGUCUGCAAGAGAAGGGGCUCUAUUCCAUAACAACACUUCAUCUUUAAGUGCCAUGUUGGUUUAUUACUAGAAACUGACAAUUCCUUUCUUGGCCUGUUUUAGAGUUCUGUACUGUCAAGGUUUUUUUUGGGAUCCUACUUGCCAAAAUGGGCAAUCAAAUGAUUGUAAUUCCAUUCAUAAUUUUUUUUUAAUAUAUUGAUAAUGAUGAACAUAUGAUCAUCUUUUUGACGUGUACCUAUUCUUUAUUCUUUUUUUCCAGUCUUAUCUUGAACAAGCACACAUUGACAAGGUAGAAGGAGCAUUCUCAACUGUUGAUGUGGACAGUGUAGACAUGUAUAAAUUCCCAGGCCUUCAGACUAUCCCCUACUACAAGGUUCUUAUGGAACCAGGCGACUGUUUGUUUAUACCCUCCAGGUAG